AUGUCCAAGAUCGAAUACAAUAGUUUGCUUUUUGAAAUAAGCGAGAGACUAGACCAACAAAAUGUGCUGGGGCGGUUGCUUUUUAUGUGCAGAGAUUUUUUAACACCUGAUUCUAGCAGACAAGACAACAUCCAAGAUACGCUGUCGCUUUUUAAAGAACUAGAAGAUCGCAAGUGUUUGGGAGUUGAUCGUCUGCGGGUUCUGAAAGACUUGCUCAAAAGUAUAAGACAGUGGUCACUUUUUGGCAAAGUUAAAAAAUUUGAGAGCACGAGAACAGAAUACAAUGGAUUGAUAGAACAGAUUAUUCUCGUACUCGACGAACUCAAUGAUAUGGAACGACUGAUCUCAAUUUGCAGACUGGAAACGGAAGCGAAUGAAAGCAACAUUCAAGACGUUCGAUCGUUGUUUAAAGAACUGGAAAACAACGAAUGCUUAGGGAUUGACUGCCUAGGAUUGUUGAAAGAGAUUUUGACCAAAACAGAACAAGUCGAUUUGUUAAGAGAUGUUGAGGGGUUUGAAGCGAGACGAAAUCGGGAGGAUGAGUUUGAAAGUCGAAAAGGUACUUGUUCAAACUUGUUGUUACUUCCCUGACCUAAACUUAAGAGUGAAUUUGAAUAUUCUAAUCUGUUCUCAUGUUUGUUAUAUUUCAGCGCAAGUAGCUGAUUUCAUGUCGUCUGUCGGUAACAGACUGGUAGGAGGUAAGUCAACUGUUGCAGUAGAGAAUUUCAUUGCAAUUGGUCGCCCAACCGUGUUACUUGUCUCUUGGAAUUACCGAUUUUCGUCUUGAUACGUGUUUCGAGUGUUCGGUGUUAGGGUCCGGGCUCAAUUAAAAGCUGAGUCACGCAAAUUAACAAAUUCAACUAUCAGGAUAUUAUUAUUAUUAGGAAGUUUCCAUCAAAGAAGGCGAGAUAUAAUAGCAACCCGGCCUUAUGAAAACGGUGAAGGAACCCCCAAAUUCUGAUGAAACACCGAAAUAUUUAACAUUACAUAGACUGACGAAAUUGAAAUAUAAAUCAUAAAAACUGACUAAACUGGUUGUUUUGUGGUUUUUUAAAACAUGUACAGCCAGUCACCCAGUUGCUUUUGUAUGUUACCUUGGAUUAUUAUAAUGCCUUCAAGAAAUACGUAUUUACGUGACGAGACAAAUUAAAAGGGCGACUAGAUUCGGGAACAACAAAAUUGUGCUGUGAGAAAAACCUUUCCACUUUUAGAGAAAUCGUGAAGAACACAAGCUAAAAACCAAUGGAGCCUGGUCUAAUUCUUGUUCUUACCUUAAUUCCAAGAUAAAGUUGAAAGAGAGCAUUUGUAUUCUAUGGUUUUUACGCUGGGCGGUAGGAUAAAUAUGUUAGCUUGACAAACAGUAGUAUAGAACUCGAGAACCAAAAGAUAAGAACCAGUGAUCUACAAGUACAGUGGAACCCCGCCUUACGAUCACCUCGUUAUUACGACCAUAUUAUUUCGACCCAAACGUAGUGAAAUAAGACCCCGUUUAAAUGCGACCACCUCGCUAUUACGACCAGGAUUUUAUGGCCCAGCUGUGGUCGUAUUAACGGGGUACUACUAUACUAUUAUAUCAAAAACGAGGUUCACUACAUCUCGGUCAAAUUGCAUUUCGGUGGCGUAUCCGAGACGAACCGGCCGGGAGACCCAGAAACAAAUGCAAAACUCUCUCGGACUGGCACGUGGCCCGAAACAUAUCAGUAAUUCAUGAUCACCACAUAUGAUUCGAAAUAACGCGAAUUUAGAAAAGCUGAACAGUCUUGAAACAAUCAAGAGACGCCACAAGAAGAACUUUGUUUUUCAUUUUGAUUUUUAUUAUAGUUUUGACCGUAAAGACGGUAUUCAAAGUGGUUGCAGGUGGCAUCACAGUAGCUUCUACCCUGGAGGUAUUAAGUCGCGGGUCCACAUUUGACCAGCUCGUUUCUGCAGUUAAUAAGUGCGUGCUUCCUGCUGGCACCAGCCUGAUUCAAAUAACCGAGGGCUGCGUCUGCCUCACAGUUCAAGCUGAAAAUCUUGCAUCACUUGAAGCUUUGUGGAGUUUGUAUAAGAAUGGAACGCUCACAUCACGGUUACAGGACUUCUUUGUCACUGAAGAAGUACGCGAAGAACUUGCCGGCGGGGAGGAAUUGGAGGUGAUUGUGACCAUUGAGGAAGGAGAGUACCAGAAGGCUCUUCAUGAGCUGUCCAGUGAAAUUGAAGGUAACUUAUCACUCAUGACUACCCCGUCUCCAUUUUUACAAUAAACGUUUCGAGAAUUUUGUAUCCAAACCGUCCAUUUUAAAGUUAAAGUCAGCUCCCGUUAUUCGGCACACCUCGGGGUCGGGUUCCUUAUUUUUUAACUUCCAUAGAAACUUGCACCUUCACUUUUGGGAAUUUGCAAACCUCAUGAAAAAAAUUAAGUGGGCUGGCCUUUUGGUGUGUCUCUCCACUUUGAGUUCGAUACUUGUAAAGACCGUGUUAAAUACUUUUGUACACCUUAGGGACUUGUCAGAAAUUAGCAGGGGGGGAAGGAGGUGGAGAUUUUCAGUUAAGCGAUGAAAAUAAAAUGACCCUCCCUAGGUAAGAGAUUAAAAUGUACCGACCCUACCCUUCAAAGCGUCCUAAAAUUCUAUGACCCUCCGCUGAGUCUGAAUUCUUAUGCAGUGGUACAAGGAACUAAUAAUUCAGUACUUUCAAAAAAGCAAACUUGUACUAAAACUGACCUAUGAUGGACAUGCAAGUGUUUCGUCUGUUGGGCAAACAGGACAAACGGAAGUUUUUGGUUUAAUGGGAUGACGACAGUUUCUCCUUCACGACUAUGAGAAACAAGGAGAAACAAAUUUUCGUCAAAAAAAGUUAGACUUCUGGAUGUUUUUUCAUUGGAGAUCACUUCAAGUGAUGCUUCAAACAGGGGCAAGUUUCAAAACAGCAGGCUAUAGAAAUGGGUCCAUUAAAACCUUAUCAACCACAAUCAAGUAGGAGAAGUUGCCUUUCUACACAAGAAAGAUCAGGAAAAUAAUGAUCAGUUAAUAUAAUUACAAGAAAAGAGCACCUGACUCUUUAAGGCAAGAUACUCUCAGCCAAAAAGUAGGAAAGGUAAACAGAAGCAAAAAAAGAGGAAGGCCAAGAAAGCAAAAGAGAACAAAAUGAGGGCUAACUGUAACUGAUAAUUAAGAGAACCAUUACACCCCAGCGUAAUGAUAGUGAUGCAGCGCCCAUAGGCCCCCUAGAACUAUAUAAUGAAGAAAUCAGCACUCUAAAGAAGAAUCAGUUACCUUAGUUACAUUCAAAUGCCUUUGACAAGGAACUGUUCACUGUGGCUACAAAGGACAUUAUCAAGCAUGAGAAUGGUGAUAACGAUGGUUGGCAUGAUGAUGAUUGCAAUGGAGAUAGCAUUGUUGUUGAUAAUGAUAUUCAUGAUUGUGGUACUGCUGAUGUUGAAGCUGUGAGAGAGAGAGAGAGAGCAAUUCCUCUGAGAUAUUUGACCAUUGACGUGCAAAUGCGAAACAUGAGCUGUUAGUUUUAUAAGUUGGGUUCAUACCCUGGGGGUACUGGCAAGUGGCCGCUUAAUGGAGGUUGGCCGCUCAAUAGAGGUUCCGUCAUAAAUUGGUAGUAAUCUUUCGCAGAAACAUCACUUAAUUUUCAAAUUUCCUUCACCGUAUUCUUGAAUAAAGCCAAAGUAUGUGUAUCAAGCGCUUAAUGCAUGGCUGCAUAAUAGAGGUAACAAGAAACAAAACUCUCGUUGGGAUGCAUGGCCAAAAGGUGGCUGUGGCCGCUUAAUGGAGGUUGAAGUGUAUGUCAGGAAAUAAUUGCAUGUCAUGAUUUUCAUAUAUGGCCCGUAUUCUCGUAAAACAUAAUAUUGAAGCAUCCCUUCACGAUCGUGGUGGCUUAUUUCCUGUCAGUUUUUUCAUAACCUCCCUUUUAAUAGACUAUAAGGGCUCAAAAAACUGCGACCCUUACCUGUUUUCCACCUCCCCUCCCCUCCUGCUAAAUUUCUGACAAGUCCCUUAGUCGCUACCCUUUUAUAUGCCUAACUUUGGGUCCUGCCCGCUCGGGUAGCAAAAUCAGAAAACGGGAUUUACUUUAUCUUGCCCGCUUGGGGAUUCAGCCAUAUAGACUGCUUGUCACGGUUUUGGAAGCCAUCUUGACGAGUAGGCAACCGCGUGAGAAAUUACCGUGUUUGUAUGAGAAUCUAAUGUCCAAUAAUUUCCGUAGAACGGCUGUUCUGAAGAAAAAAAAUAUUAAUUGUAAAAGCUACACAGCAAAGGAUUUUACCAACAAAUUUUGGGGUCCGUGACUGUGCUUAAAUUUCUCCAGACGCUUGUUUUAGAUUUUCCGUAUAUUUGUCUGUAAUUUUUCCCGGGAAAUUUUAGUCGGUAGGAAAAGAAAUUUUUACAGACAAAUUUAUAGAAAAUUUUAAAAAGUGGUUCUAGCACAUGUAGUUGCUUGUAACGCCCUCAAUUUUUUUCAGUGGGAUCGUUAGGAGUGAAGCUUUAGUUUACAAUUCAUAUAUAUAUUUUUUUCAGAACAGCCGAAUUAUGGUAUUUAUUAAGUAUUCUCACAGAAACACAGUAAUUUCCCACGCGGUCUCCUACUCGUCAAGAUGGCUUCCAAAACCGUGACAAGAUCUAUUAUUAAGUCCGUUGUAAGGAGUACCUCGCACAAUGCUCGUUACACUUGAUAAUUCGUACCACCUACCCUUACUACUGUGAAUUCUGUUACCUGUUUCUCUCUGCAUGAGUUUAGAAGGCCCUGAUAGUUGUGUAGAAGCGAAACCCAUGAGAAUUCACCGAAGGAAUUCUGAUUCUAACCUGUACUGCAAGACGAUGGUUAGAGAAGGUUCAGGGCAAACACCUGUUUUAACAGAGAGACGUCCUAUCAAUCAGUCCAGAUACUUGGAUCAGGAAAGAUUUGCUUUCGUUCAGAAUUAUCUGGAAAAAGCCGAAGAUGCCCGGAGCAUGACAACUGAAACAAGUGACAGUGGGAUACCAGGAACACAUGGCGCUCCUUCUGAGUUCGGACUUGAAGACACGAGCGGUAAGACAGUGAAUAUACCUCAUAAACAGUUACGAUCCCGCGGGACUUUGACUGUGAUAAUCUAAAUGUCCGAGUGUCAAUAGAGAACAAGUUGCUGCUAAAGUAGAUCCGCUCUACCCAGUAUAUAGUCCUUUAGUUGGUAAUUUUGCUUUGAGUGGGAGGCCUAUUAUAUAACUAUUAAAGUGUGUUCUGUUCCAGGUUUUACCGAAUAUCACACGCUUGAACGCCAUGUUAUGUUUAUCACCACGCUUCUCUUUAACAAGAAUUUAUCUUAGUUUGUUUGUUUUUUUUCUAAUUAUUUUUAGAAUCGUCUUAUAAACUUCGCUUGAAAGAUCUUCCUGAAAACGUCACCACGAAAUUGAAGUGGCAACUUCAUAGCGACCCAGUUGCUGAACAGUGGUUUUAUGAAUCAUUUGGGCUCGCACUUCCCAAAGGAGGUAGAGAUCCCCAAGUCCUCGAAAACAUCGAAAUUCUGUUUCCGGAAACUCCUUUGAAAUUACUUAAAGACGUGUUUGAUGCCUUGCAAUUAUGUGACCUCGUAGAUCUCUUGGAAAGGGAGAAACCACGAACACUUCGUCCUUCUCUUCCACUAAAAGACAUAAGGAAAAAGCCUAAUUUUAUCAACCGUCCUACGAGGUUUUACAGUAAAGCAGCAGUGUUGACAAUCGGCACUGCAACAGGUCAAGCCCACAGUUACGCCCAAAGAAUUGGGUCAAUUUUUAAAGAGUUUAAUUCACGGAGCAAAGUAACGCCAAUUUCAAUAGAGACUAUUGCUCAAGUAUGUACCGUUCUACUUGAAUGGAGAGAAAUCAAAAGAAAAUUUGAGGUUGGGCUUGCAGGAAACGUUGAGACGACAUUAAAAAGGCGACUGCAAUGGCUUCACGAGACAUCUGAGAAGGGAUUGAAAGCGAAAGAAAGUUUAGAGCGGUACGUAGAAUUGAGAAAACUAAAGAAGAAAGAUAGAAAACUGGCAAUUGAGAAAAGGAUAAACCAGACGACGGAAGAACUACAGAAGGAGAUUGAAAAAUUGAAAAUGAGUUUACACGAUUGGAAAAUCCGUAAAGGUUGGUUGAAAUUAUGUUUAACUCAGUCCUUAUCUUGUCAGAACUUGUUUGUUCGUUUGUUUUUCUUUCAACAAAUUUGGAUACGCAAUACACAAUGCCACGUUUAGACCCAGGGAAAAUUAAGAAAAAAAUGGGCUUCAACUUGGCUUUCGCAUCUUAAAGCUUGGUUAGGCUACGGAGAGUAACGAUUUGCAAACCAAGACCAAGGGGCUAAGGGUGAGUUGAUUAAAAGGGUGUGAGAAAUGGGUGCGGGGAAGCAUUAAGGGUUCGUUAUUACAUUUGGGCCUUCUAAAAACGAUGUGGGAUAGAAGUAAGAAAUGUUAUUGACAUUUCCUUGUAAAUUGUUGCUCACGUCAUCCAAACGAAUUUGUCAAGUGGUCAUUAUCCCAAUAAUUCCGAACGAAGAGAGGGCGCGAAGCGCUUUCGCAAAAGCGAUUUAUAAUCUCGUCACGGGCUUCAAGGCAGCACAUAAACCGCGCGUGGUCUAAGCCAGCUGCUUUCUAUCUCUCUCUCUUGAUAUGAAUAUAUGCUUGGUGACCCCCACCCCCAAUAACGUCAUGUAGCGUUACGACAUGGAGCAUUUUGGGUUUCCAGGCAAAAUAGACUUUGCCGGCGAUUACCAGGAAGCACUUUCAUGUUUUUUUCAUUAGGUAUUCAUGAAGGACUGAUUUGUUUAUUUAUCGUCUGUGAAACAAUUUUUACGAUCGGUGAAUCACGAGCAAUUUCCCAUGCAAAUGACACAGAUGACAGCAUGCACAAAAAGUGGCUGAAGUCCUCGCCGGCGAAGAUUUUCCCGUACAGCGAAACUCCUUCGGAGAAGACGACCACAACAAGAGCACAGCGAACGUAACGUCGUCAACACAGCAACCACCAACGUCUUCGGAGGAAGCGAUAAAAUACUACUAUGUACAGCAGCCUUAUAUAUAAUCACAGCUGUGUCUUUUAAGUCAACAUAAAAAUUUAUUAUUACCGGCCUCCUAUUUUCGAUCUUAUUAGUUCGAAAAGAACAUCUGCGUUUCGGAUCUCCUCACAGUAUUAGAGGGGAGCUUAAGCAACGACGGCAACAACGGCAACGAGAACGGCAAAAAAUCAAUAGGUUUAGAUUGGUAAAACAACAACUUUGCAAGUGCAUCACGCUUGUUUUGAUGCAUUUCUUGGUCGUCGUUGCACGACUACAACGUGAAAGUGUCUAAUUUCACGUUUUGUCGAGGACGGGAACACAAGACAACAACUUUCUUAUUCUUUUCCUGAACUUUGAAAUAGUCCUUUAGAAUUCAACUACCAAAAAAAUUGUCAAAAUUUGACGAAUUAAACAAGAUAGAAUAAGCGCUAUAAAGUUUGAGGCAGCGCAAAUUAUCUUUUCAAGUGACCUUUUCGUAGCCGUCGCAGAACAAUUACUAACUUACGUUUUGCUGAUGACAUUGAUGGCCUGGCAUGAAAAGAGGAGGAACUAGCCUCGCUGGUGGAUCGUCUGGAUAAGACCUCUGCAGCCUUUGGCAUGGAAAUCAGUGCUUAAGCUCCCUAACAUUGUUUGACAGGUGUUACCUUGCCAGGAAAAUUAAAUUCUUUUCCUCGUAGUGGACAAUAUAAAUCAGGGAAAAUUUAACUAAUUCCAUUCUGCACUUAACACUCACGAUAAAUUCAUGUAAUAAAUGGGUGGAGAGGAAAGCUGUGAUGGGAGUUGGGGCAUUUAUUUUGUGUACCAGACACAGAUGACAUAAAACAAUACAAAAACGACUUGCACUUGAAUGGAAGUUCUGAGGCCUGACUUUUUCUUGCACUUAGGCGUGAAAAGAUCAUUUCUUCUUGAGGUUCUCGUGUUGUAAUCAUGGCUUAUCUUCCCUGACAUAGUUAACAUAGGAGGAAAGAUAUUCUGGACCACAGCCAUUACAGAUUUUGUGAAGAAGGGGCAGGAGGAGAUGCAGUGAUAAGGAAAUGCCGUGAUAAGUGCCUUGCACGAAAUCUGCAAUACGAUUUGGCAGACAGGAGAGUGGCCCAUACCAUGGACCCAAUCUCUUAUCAUCACCCUUCCCAAGAAAGGCAACCUACAACACUGCAAGAACUACCGCACAAUCAGCCUUAUAUGCCACCCAAGUAAAGUCCUGCUGAAGGUGCUGAAGGUCGCAGUAAGACAGAACAGAUCUUCAAUCUUAGGAUACUGUGCGAGAGGUACCUCCAACAUCAACAAGACCUCUAUCAAGUCUUCAUUGGUUUUAAAAAGGCGUUUGACAGAGUAUGGCAUAAAUACCUUUGGUCUACUAUGAGGUUUUAUAACAUUAAAGCCAAACUGAUCCAAGUCAUUGAAAACCUCUACAACAAGGCCACUGGUGCAGGCUACCUUAAUGGUGACGUAGGGGACUGGUCCAGAGCCACAGUCGGAGUCAGACAAGGGAGUCUACUCUCACCAACUCUUUUCAACAUUUUUCUGGAGAGAACUAUAACUGACGCACUAGAAGAUCACCAAGGAACAGUCAGCAUCGGAGGCAGAACAAUUACUAACUUACGUUUUGCUGAUGACAUUGAUGGCCUGGCAUUAAAAGAGGAGGAACUAGCCUCGCUGGUGGAUCGUCUGGAUACGACCUCUGCAGCCUCUGGCAUGGAAAUCAGUGGAGAGAAGACCAAACUGAUGACCAAUAACGCGAAUGGUAUCAGCAUUGACAUCAGAAUCAACGGUGAAAAAUUGACGAGGUUGCUGACAGUUUCAAGUAUCUGGGCGCAGUCGUCACAGAUCAGGGUUCCAAGUCUAAAGUACUGUCCAGAAUUGCACAGACAACAGCAGCACUAGCGAGACUGACCAUCUGGAAUGCUAAGCAUAUCUCUCUAAGCUCAAAGAUCAGACUAAUGCGCUCCCUAGUUAUCUCAAUACUAUUGUACGCCUGCGAAACCUGCCGGACAUUGACAGCGGGGAUACUGAAGAAAUUGCAGGCCACUAAGAUGAGAUGCUUUAGGAAACUGCUUGGCAUCUCAUACGGAGACCACAUCACUAACGAUGCAGUCAGAGACAGAAUCAGGCAAGCCAUUGGGCCCUAUGAUGAUAUCUUAACCACAGUAAAGAAACGCAAGUUAAAGUGGUUUGGGCAAGUAUCAAGAUCAUCAUGGCUUCCCAAGACAAUUCUACAAGGAAUAGUGCAAGGAGGGAGAAGAAGGGGCCGACAAAAGAAGCGUUAGGAGAAUAAUAUCUCUGUGUGGACAGGGUUGAGGUUUUGCAACGCCCUAAAAGAAGCUGAAAACAAAAUCAAAUGGAGCGAGAGGGUUGCUAUGUCCGUGGCACCCCAACGGUCACCUUGGCUAUGGGAUACUCAGUGCAAGGUGCAAGGAAGAAGAGAUAGUUUUCUUGUACGAAUGAUAUCAUCAAUUGGAAGCCCACCUGACUUAGUAACUAACAAAGCUGAAUUAUCUUGAAAAUUAGCAUCCAGUCUCAUUCUUGCGCAGCGUUUCUGUAAUCAUAACAUGAUUCACUUAGAUCCGUGUGUUGUUCCCUUCGUGCGCGAAUGCGCGCGAAGGACCCGUAUAUCUGUAAAGACCUCUCAAUCUUUUGUGCCUAAAAAGGCAGGACUUCUACCUUUCAGAAAUCUUUUUUCAUUAGAACCACUAGAAUCUGGAACCUGCUUAUUACUAGACUUGACCUAGAUAAUGUUACUUUUGAGAACUUUAAAUCUGUUCUUUACGGUUAUUACUCGCGGGCUCUAGCAAUAAACUAUGACCCGGACUCUCCAAGGAGCUUCAAAAGUAUUUGCCUGAAAUGUAACAUAGCCACGUUUUUAGACCAGGAAACUAGCUGCUGCAUGUGAUUUAAAUUGCUACUUUUAUAUCUUUUUAUUUUUUGGGUCCGCAGUAAUUGGCUUUAGCUGUUACGGUGUCCCUGCCCUAAUAUUUAAGUUAUUUUAGUGUAUUGUUACGUUCUUGUUACUAGUGUUUGCAUAUCUACAGUGUUUUUUUUUGUAUUCUUCAGGGCAAAGCUAGUAAAAUAAAAUAAUGGUAACAAAAUAUCCAACUGCUCCUUACAACGGUAUUCAAGAAUUGGUUUUAUGAGGGAAUUAUACAAUAAUUUCCAGCAGAGCAAAGAUAGAAAAAUUUUUGACCUUUUGAGCAGGUUAAUUCUGCAGUUCAGCUUGAUAAUAACAUAAUCAAUAUGCAGAUUCCAAAUGAGAUAUUUGUUGAUCCUAAUUCCAAGGAGCUUUUCCCCUAUUGCCUCCUCUAGCUUAACAUCGUUCAAGAUUAAACUCAUGCCUGUCAUGUCUGCACAACGAAGCUUUUGAGUAGUUCCAAUUAACAUUGGCUUUGUCUUGUUGUUUUUUUUUUUUUGGCAUUCCUUGGGCUUCAUCUCGUUAAGGCUGAACCAACAAUUCGCAUUAUCGAGACUUUCUUGCAAUUUCUUGCUGUAGUGUAAGUGAUUAUGUUUGUUACAAACAAUUUUAGUUUUGAAGUGUGAUUAUGUACUACAACAAGUCCAAACACUCUCAUUUUCUUCAAUUACCAGAAGAAAAACCGAGUGAGCAAAGUUUUUAAGGAUUUUAAUCCCGAGAUUUAAGGUACAUUUUGUGUGUUUUUAUAGUAAGGAAAGUCCGUUUGAAAUGGAAAUGCAUCAAUUAGCAUUGUGUUAUUGACCUUUUAGUUGAAGUUGAUGUGUAAUUCAAGUAUUUUGGGGAAACGCGCUUAGAUUCGAGACUGAGACAGCUUUGUUAUGUAGCUUUCAUAACAGUAGUUCGAAUUCUAACAACGGUCGUAAAACAUCUAAAUUGCUCAUGCAUCGCCUGAGCGCUUGGUUGUGCCGGCGAUUUUUUGCAAUUUUGCUGGACUUCUCCGAACAAAUUUCGAUACGAAGCUAGUUAAUUUUGAGAUAAACUAACAUCAAAUCCAGCCAGGACUCAAGUUAGGACUUUUCUAAUCUUUCUUGUUAUCAACAAAUAAACAACAGUAAAAUAAAAGUAACAAAAAACCCCUAACUUAACUCGUAGCCUCCUAACCCUAACCCUAACCUUGCGUUAACCCUAACCCUAACUCGAGCUUACCUUCCAUGGUUGCGACGAAAACCCUCCUCUUAAUGGUCAUGGGACUUGAAAGAGGGGGAAAUGGCGGGAAAGCGAAAAAUUGUCGAGUCCUGGCUCGGUAUAUAGAUAUCCUCUUCAAUUUCUUUUUAAAAUAAGUGUUACCUCUCAUUCUAAAGGAAAUACAAUCAAAUGUUCUCAUUUCUACUUUACGUUUAUUGCAAAAAUGUUCAUACAAUUAUGAUUAUUUAAAUUUAAGUUUGUUUUUUAGAGCCUUUUAUAGUUAGUGUUUAUAGUUGCGGCUAUAGUUUUCCCUUAAAUUAUUAUUUUUCUGAAAUAUAAAGAGCAAGUAGACAGAAGCCAUUCAGAAUAAAAACAAAAAAAAAACGUUUUGCAAUUUACCUUAAGACGGAGAACGGUUGAUUCAGCGAAAGAAAAACUCAAAGGCAAGUUUUUGAAAAACAUGAUUUGUUUGCGCGCGUUCAGAUGACAGCAUGAUCAACUCGACUACAGUACUGGUGACACAAACGAAGGCAAAUGGAAAUGUUUUCUCUUUUGAUUAUGUUGUAAAAGAAAUGGUAAACGUUGCAGCUGUGCAACCAUCGAGUUAUGGAUGCACUUGGGAUAUUUGCUAAGCACUCAAGAAGCUAGGGUUGCAUCCGGCUAUUGCCUCGUGUAGCUCGUACGCUUCUCUAAUUCGUGCUUAGCAACCUCCCGCGUGCAUCCAUUUAACAAACAGAUUUCAUGUUGCCGUGCGUAUGUUCAGUAAUAGAUCACAGAUGACGUCAAAAUGUGGUAAAAACAAAAAAAGUGACACGCAAUACGCAGGCGAGUGUGUCACUGACGUUUUUACCUUUUUUUUACGUCCUCUGUGAUCUAACCAGGCUGAUUUAGCAACAGAACGGAAACGUCAUUUGACGACGGGAAAGCGCGCGGAAACGACUAAACUCGACUUCAGGUGCCGAAUUUACCGAUCUGCCAUUGGUCAAGCCAGUUGUUUGAUUUACGCGCGCAGUCGUCAAAUGACGUUCCCGUUCUGCUGCUAAAUCAGCCGACUGAACAGACCCACGACAACAUGGAAUCUAUUUGUUUUAUACAAUGAUCUGAAAAGAAAAAGGACUGAUACACUUACGCUUACCUGCCUCGUACCGCAUGACUGUCCCAAACGCUACUUUCCAUCUCUUCUGAUUAUUUUCUAUAUCUUACUUGUAUACAGUUUCUUCGAAAGGUUUUUCAAUAUCUUUCCUGGCUCAAAGCAGAAAAAUGGUGAAAACAUUUCGCAAAACAGCGAGUCCCAGGUAGCGAUGACACGCGAUGGGAACUGUUACGCAAAUUUCUUGUAGUUUAGGCAUUCUCAACUAGUCAAGAGCUCUUUUUGUCUCCUUUUCUCUAUUUUUCUGCUUUGUAAAUAGCUCUUGCUAAACUUUUUGCGAGGCUUUCACUUGCUUUAAUCCGAAAUAAUCUCACAAAACAUUUUCAAAACAGACGGCCAAAUUGAACAAAAAAAGAAAACACGUUUCCGGUGACGUCAUACAUGUAUCUGUACUCUAAUAAUUAAUGGGCCACGACCAAUCACAGCGCGUGUAGCAUUCACAUGAUUGUAUAAAACUCGAUGGUUGACGCUGCACGUUUAUUAUUUCUUAAACUGAGAAUACCACCUGCAGUGGCGGAUCCAGGGGAGGGGCCCCGGGGACCCGGUUACCCAAUGUUAUUAAUAGACCAAACUGAGGCACUUAACAGAAUCAGGUCAAAAAUCGACAAACACCUGCGACCCAAUCAGAAUGGAUUUCGUCCUGGACAUUCAACAAUAGCACACAUAUUGGCACUGAGACGACUAAUUGAAGGUGUGAAAAGUCAUAACUUGAAAGCUGUUCUGGUAUUCAUAGACUUCAAAAAGGCGUUUGACAGUGUACGCAGGGGAAGAAUGCUGCAGAUCCUGACAUUCCGGGAAAACUGAUUGAUGCAAUUGGCUUCCUUUACCAGGGAACGAAAGCUAGAGUCAUAACAUCCGAUGAAGAAACGGACUUCUUUGAAAUACAUGCUGGGGUUUUGCAAUGAGAUACCUUGGCACCUUACAUCUUCGUUAUUGUGUUGGACUAAGCAAUGAGACCAGCCAUAUUUGAGAGAGAGGAAGAACUUGGCUUCUCGAUUGACCGAAGGAGGAGUCGUCGUCAUCAAGCAAUGGUCAUAACCGACACAGACUUUGCGGAAGGCAUUGCCAUCACCACAGAGGAGAUACAUCAAGCUCAAAAAAUGCUGGCAUCAGUGGAACGUGAGGCAGCGAAAAUCGGAUUAUAUCUUAAAUCUAAGAAGACGGAAGUGGUGCAUUUCAACCAGGGAGUAGGAAUAACCAUCAAGGCAAAGAAUGGCGAAAGUCCGAAAGGCCCUGGCAUGGUCAGUUUGUCACGAGUUGAGGCAAUUAUGAAAAUCAGAUUUAAGAAGAAGCAUCAAGGAGCGGCUUUUCAUGGCCUCUGUAGAAUCUAUCCUGAUUUAUGGAAGCGAGACAUGGGCAGUCACGAAAGCUAUGGAGAAGAAACUAGAUGGAUGUUAUACCAAAAUGUUACGUAUGGUAUUUAAUGUGUCUUGGCAAGAUAAAUUGACCGAUAAAAACUUGUAUGGUAAUUUACCACCAGUGUCAUCAAAAAUGGGUUUCAGAAAGCUGCAGCUAGCCGGCCGUUGCGUUAGACACCCAAAGGAGGAAGCAUCUAAACUAGUACUUUGGCAGCCAAUGAGUGGGCGCAUGAGCGUGGGAAGACCAGCUGUUACUUAUAUAGAUAACCUGAAAAGCGAUACCAGCUUGCACAGCGCGGAAGAGCUGGGAACAGCUAUGAUGGAUAGGGAGACCUAGAAGAGGCGAGCUGAAUCGAGGCGUGCUCUUGUUCAACCAUAGUAAUAGUAGUAGCCCCCACCUUAUCUCAGGGUUUGGAUGAUUGGGCCUCCCCUUACCUGAAGGUCUGGAUCCGCUGCUGACCUGUACGCGCGGUACGCACGUGCGUCCCUGAAAAAGUCGUGCACAAAAAAGAUAUAAAAUGAAAAUAUAAAAGAAAUUCUAAAAAGAAAGCGAAAUAUCUAAAGAUAAUUAUCUUAAGAGCACAUUUUGCCUCAAUUCGUUCAAUUCUGGUUGUUUCUUUGAAAAAUAUAAAUUUUUCUUUUCUCGAAAACAAUGUUUUCUUUUUCCUCCCCAUCUAAAUGUCGGUUUCUAUUGAAAAGAAUAAAUUCAUUAAUGGACCGAAUCUUGAAUAACACAUAUCUAGUGAAAAGAGAGCAGGUGUUUUUACUAAAAACGUAUUCGGAUUUCUAACCGUUUACGCACAUUGAUAAAUCCUGGAAGCAACGACGAAGGCGUCGGUAACGGCGUCGGCAAUUAGCAAGAACGUCAUCGAAACAAGCCCAAUAGGUAAAUGAAAAAAAAAACUGCACGUGCGGCGCGUUUUUCUUUACCUAUACGAACAGGACGUUAAAUUUCCUUUUGUGACGUUGUUUGGAGGACGUCAACACAGGGACAAAUUCAAUUUCUUCUCUUCCUGAGCUCUGAGUCCGAACUUGGGUGCGGUCCCCACGACUCAGCCCCGUAGGGGGAAUACACCAAUAUUUAAGAGAGUUGAAAUUAGCGCGAUAAAGUUAAAAAAAAAACGCGCAUUCAUUUUGAUAGCUAGGGGCAUUUCCGUUGCCCUUGCCGUCGUCGUUGUUAAGGCGCCCUAUGCUCACGAAAGGGACAGUUCCAUUGUGGUUUUACCGCAAACUCGUAUGAUCAUGAUGAUCAAAUGCGGAAAAGCAUCCCGAUCUGAUUCACUUUAGUUUUCGGAUUCAAAAUCUAUAAAGACUUGACCAAAAUCAGCAUCUUUUCAAUUUGGAUUCACGCUCUGCAUCUGCUUAAAACGUGAAAACGAACCAAGUACAAAAUUACCCGGAUUCCUGACGAAUCCGGGAAGGUAUGGAGAUGAUAGAUGGCUGACGUGCAUCAGUCAAUGGACCCAAACACGCGACAAAGUAUUUUACAAGUUGCUAAUGUCAUUUCAUAUGCAGAAAAAACUCUUAGGCUUACAACGAAACCAGGUUACGGUUCCUGUGAUUGUUUUGAGGAGGAUUUCUUCAUUUCAGUAGGAUUGCAAUGUAAUGCGUUUGACUUUGUAAAACCAAGAGCCAUGUAUAAUAGGACUAUUAUGGCUCUGGGUAAAACGUAUUGUUUGAAUAAAGCGUAGGACAAAUGCAGCCAGUCAAAUGUUGGGAAGAAAUAGUUAUGCAAAUGUACUUACGCAACUGAAGGCGAAGAUUGCGUCCAUCGCCAUACGUGCCAUACGGCUAUCCUGAAUGAAAGAAAUUUCGUCUAGUCAGUUAUAUUUAGUAACUGGCCACACAAAAAGAGACUGAAUGCUCGAGUAGUGUGUCGCUAAAUCUAACUGCCACGCGACAUAAUGGAUACGGAAGCGCGCGCGGUGGAGCCCCAUUAAAUAAAUUGGUAAUCUAUGAAAGCAAGAAAAUGUGGUUAUGACGUAGCGUAUGCCCACCGCCCGCCCGCCCGUACACACACUUCAUGUAAGCUGAUGCCAAAUGUCAGGUUAUUUUGGUGGGAAAGGGUAUGGCCACCAGCGUUUUAUGAGGCAGAGACACUAAAUAGUCAAUAAAGACGAAAACGGAAAGUAGAAAAUGUUUCUGUAUCCGUGUUGUCUAAAGUAUUAAGUUUAGAUUAAUUUUCAUGUCCACAAAUUUAGAACAUAGAGAAAGAGAAAACAGAGGAAAAGAAAAAGUAGGGCGACAGGCCAGCGAAGCUCAACGAGAAAAAGAGCUUUAGCGAGAGAGAGAAUACAAUGGAGACAUUUUUUGUUGGAGGAACAACAUGAAAUUUUGUAGCGGCCGUGAGAAAAUGAGAAAUGAUAGCGGCCACCAGGGUGAAAAUGAGCGACAGAGAAAAGUGAACAGGAACACGUACGACAUUUCCUCCAUAAAACGUGUAACGAGGAAGUUUCUGGAAGUUUUACGUUGUAGUCGUGCAAAACAACCGCAAGGAAAUGUACAAAAAAAGUUUUUUUUGUUGUUAAUUAGACCUAUUGUUGUUUUUUCACCGUUCUCGUUGCCUUCGCCGCUUAGGCCUGGUUUUCACUAGCGCAUAAGCAUAAACAUAAGCAUAAGCACAAGCACAUGUGUAAGCAAGUGAAAACUCCCGGUGAAAACUGCGGUGACAUAAGCAUAAGAAUAAGCACAAGAAAAACAGACAAGUUCGCUCUUCUUGUGGUCAUGCUUAUGCUUAUUUCGUAGCUUUGACUAGUGUAAACGAGGUCGACAUAAGCAAGAGCAUAAGCACAAGGCCGUGGACCAGUCAUAGGUCGCUUUGACCCAGACCUCAUGCGAACAUAUCAAAAGCAAUAUGGCGGACGCUUCGUGCGCCAUUUAGUUUAUCAUCGGGUUGCAGAGAGCUGGUAUCGAGAAUUGGUCAAAUAUACCAUUCUGCGCAAAUUCUGCGCGUGUGUAUGUCCUUAUGCUUAUACUUAUGCGUUAGUGAAAACCAGGCUUCAGCAUUACACGAUUUUACAUUUUGUUUGAGCAAACUAUGUCGAGAGCUUCGCUUUUAGCCCUGGCUAAAUCUAUAUUAAUAUUAAUUUUCACGGCAUUGAAAACUGGUAAGAAAUAAAUUAUGUUAUUCAGUGUAACUCACUUGUCCCAUUCUUUAACACUAGCAUUAUUUUGAUAUGGACCGCGGUUUGGUGCUUUCUCGCUUCUACAGCGUUAAAUCCUAAUGGGGGUGAUUGACAACUUUCCAAGCCUAUCUUUGAUCGAAGUGGGUCUAUAUUUCUUUGCUGAUCAUUAAUUACCUCGAUAAAACAAUUUUUUAGCAUUCAAGGUACUUUUCACCCUACCGUUACCUUCUUACGUUAAGAAUAGAUUUGUUGGACUGUCAACCCUCCACGUCUUCAAAUACUGAGAAUGGAUAAGGAAGGGAUGAUAGAUGACGGCAUAACGCACGGCACAUGACGUCAUUUGAGCAAAAACAACACGUUGACUCCGAUCGUCAUGAAUCUGCGAUGACACAAAAGGCGCGGAAAAGAUGUCGUUGACAUUUUAACAAUUGAAAUUUCCACAAGUCACAUUAUUACAUUACAAUGGCAAACCGCAUGCACUGAGGAAACGUUCGAUGUUAACAUUUUAAAAAUUGCUCAAGCGAAGCAAAAUAUUUCAAUUUUUUGUCAGAAAGUCAGUUCUACUGCAGAAGUGGCAAACUUCGGCCAUCAUCUGGACUGGAUUUCGUACUUUAAUCUGGAGACCGAAAGAUACGGUGAAAACUCUAGUGCGUCCCUGAUUAUCGAGAUUAUCCAGUAACAGUAUCUUUAUUGUGCCUUACUCUCCAUAUGGAGCCAUCGGUCCGUUUACAAUAAAGGUCUUUUACAUUUAAGUAACAAAAACGUCUAACUAAAUUAACUAAAUGAUACAAACACCAUAAAAUAACUAAAGGUUUUAUAUCAGGUUACAUUUUCAGUAAUUCUUUUCUCUAGCUUUUUGAACAUUAGAUUUAUACAUUUGGCUAUAAUUUUACGGUAUCAUUAUUAUCUGCUGAUAAUAAAUAUUUUAUUCUGUCAUGGGCAGUAAGAUUCACAAAAGCAACACCCUUACAUGAAAUAUCAUUAAAUAAAUCCUGUCCCAAUUUCCUGUAUCCAUUGCAACACAUCAAGAAGUGUUGUUCAUCUUCGAUCUGGUUUUGCUUGCAAACCAGACACGUUCUUUCUUCUACAGGUAUUGCAACUUCGCAAUUUUCAUACUUUCCAGUUUGUAUCCUUAGUGUAUGGGAUCCUAAUUGUAGUUUUGUCGGGCGUAUCCUGUAGGCUGGGUUUUCUAUUUCUUGGAGAUAAAUUGAUACGAUUUUUAACUUCUUUAAAAGUGAUUUUUUGUCUUGAACUUAGGUAAACACUAUUUUGGUCAUUGAGCCAAUUUUGGGUAUACCCUUUCUUUAAAUCUGUUUGAAAUUUCAUGCGCGCAUUCUUGAUGCUUUGUUUUGUUAAUUUUCCGCAGAAGAUUGUGAUUUGAAAUCUUGAUUAUCUAAGACAUCGAAAUUAUUAUUGAACUUUAAUGCAUUUUGAAAUGUUUCACGCAAGAAAGGGUGAACAGUGUCAUGCUGCAGUCUGUGCUGAUAACUAAAAUUUGCAGUUUUAAUAUCAAGGUGAAGUGGAAAACUUCCUUGUUCUGCUCUACACGCUGUAUUUUCUGUAUCAGUACCAGGGGACGUUAGUGAUCACGUUACAGAACCGUAUGUUAACUUGUCCUAUAGUGCUUCUAUCAAAUGUUGUUUUUAUAUGAUAAUAGUUCGGGACCCCAGAUUUCGCAGCCAUACAGAAGUACAAGUUUAACAGGGGCAUCAAAUAAUUUGUUCUAUAUAGAAAUCGUUACUGUGUUACUGUUUGCAAGUAAACGGUCUAUAGAGUGUUUUCACUCACGUGGCCAGCAUCUAUGCAAAUUUAUUGGGACAAAAGAAAGUGUUUGCAUAAGAAAAGAGUUCAACUCCCAAAGGAUUGGUUUGGGACACCAACAUGGCCGCCGUUUUAUUGUUUUGGGACACCAAUAUGGCCGCCGUGACGUCAUGUGAAAACACUCUAUUGCUGCCAGUACUUUAUACGCUUUUUUGCCUAGAACUUCCCUUGCAUAGGUAUAACGACCGGAUGAAGUCCCUUCUAAAGCCUAAGAGUGUCUGUUUAUCGACAUGCAAUAUUCAAAAAGUCCUUUUGAUAUUUGAAGCUUACUUUUUGUUUGUUUUGGCCGUUUCCACUAAAUGUCAUGAUAUUUGAUUUCUUUAUAUUUUCUGUAAGUCUCCAGUGAUUGGCAUGUUUGUCUAUGGCGUCGAGUGAUUUUUGCAGUCCUUCACUCAUCACCAAGAGGCUUAAGCUAGGCUUAGGCAGAUUAGGCAAUUGAAAGAUUGAUUUCCUAGUGUAACUCCUUGACAUUUCUCUUCUUUGAGAUACUGUGGUAUAUCAUUCAUGAAAAUGGAGAAAAGUACGGGACCUUAAUCCAUCGCCUUGUCUUAUUUCUUUGUUACAUUGAAACAUUUCUGUUAUUUCGCCACUGUCAACUUGAAUACAGCUUCUAAUUGAUGUAUACAUGGAAUGAAUACCCUCAAAAAGUUUCCUUUUAUUCCGCAAUUACCAGUUGUAGCUUUCGCUAAGUGCCAACGAAAGAAAAAGAAUUUGCCUGCAUCACCGGUUUUUGUUCCAAUGUUUAUAAAACCAUUUGAGCUGCUGAGGCGAGAAUUUCCACCACAAGCCUCCUCGUUCAUACAUUUCUGCCAUGCUCUUGGCCUUAAAAUCGCUCUUAUUCUUCUGCUUAGACAUUUGGAACCUUAAAGUUGUCGAGUUUCAAACAGCGAAAGGGAAAUAACAUUUAUACGUUAGCGAGAACUUGAAAUAGCGAGUUGUAGUUCGUACAAGUACUCCUGGUGUGCCAGAGAGCAAUGGCCGAACUCUGAAGGUUUGUUUACACCAAAAAAGGUCAUCAAAAGUCACGUGAAACUAGGGAAUCUACACCUUACAUUACGCUUUUAACUGAACUACACGAUCGAGAAUUUUUCUGCCUGCUGCAAUACUUCGCGUGGCAUUAAGCUGGCCGCCUCGCAAGCCGACCGUCUUCGCUCGGCGUGCUCGUUGGCAAUAAACCAUAUUUUAAUAAUGCAAACACUGCCAAACGCUUACUCAUAGUCAAUAAAUGCAACAUAUAGUUUUUUAUGGUUUUUGGUGUACUUAUGGAGUACCUGUUGUAAGAGCCGGGACAGUUGAUAGGGCUGAAUUUGUGAAUUUCUUUGCAAUAGCUUAAAGUUUAUUGGUUUACUGAGUUUAAAGAAAUUAAAAGUAUGUAUUAACAGUUACUUGUUGCUUCACCCCUAGAUGAAGAAUCCGCUACCCUCUUUGUCGUAUUGGUAGAUUUUGAUACGUAUCCUACCAUUCCGUAUGACGUUCAGACGAUGAUACUGUCACGUUUAAAAGAGAAGUUGGCACUUAUUCCAGACGGACCAAAGUUGGUGAUUUUUCCUAUACCCGAGGACGUGAUGACAUUUAAAGCAAUCCCAGAGGUACUUGUUGUGCAGCACGGUCCUGCCUACAGAAAUGAGGAUUUUCAAGAGACCUUGCAGGAGGUUUUCCGCAAGCGUUUGCAAACACUGGACCUCGUCUCAAUGAUGUACGAGGUACAAAGGACGUUCCCGCUUAAGACAUUUAGUUCCCUACACUACAGGCGUCCAAUUUCGUCGAUUUGUCAUGACUUCAGCAGCAAUAUAAAUAAUACGAUAAUAGAUGACCGUUUGUCUUCACUGCCAAGACUUCAAAAGACGGAGGAAAACUCGAAAACAUGAUGAAACCCCAAAUGGCCAACCUGUCCGUUUAAGCCUUUU